GAUGGGAAUCAAGAUGACAGCAUAUCUACCACGUCAUGUGAUCCAUUACACACCCAAGGAGGUCCAGUCACGUGAGUUAGAGCUAAGAAGAUGCAUGAAGCUUUAAAUGGCCUUAUUGAGCAGAUCUGGGUUGAAAACAACAUACAACAAGCAAAUCGAAGUUUGGAUGAUUAUCAAGGCAUGAUAAACAUCAUUCAGGUUCAAGAGAAGCUUAAUUGUGAGGUCAUUUAUGCUAAAUUACACAGUUUGCGUCAAUCUCGCAAUUCUGUCGCAAUUUGUAACAAAUUGAUAUUUCAUGUUACUUUAGGCUACUUUUAGUGAUUUUCACGUUUUUUAUAUUAUUUUGGGCUAAACAUUCAUUUAUUUAAGGCCCAAUUCGUGGUUAUUAUGAUUAGGGCUUAGGGUGUUAGUUUCCUAUUCUGAUUAGAAUUACUUUUCCCUAUUUAAAGGGGCUUGUAACCCUAAUUGAGGGAGGCAAUUGAAUUUGAUAAAGGAAAAUUGUGAAAAGGGUUAAAUGAAGACAAAAGAGAGAAGUAGGUAGAUCUAUUGUGAUUAGAUCUGGGCAUGGGAGUUUGAUGGGGAAAGUUUUGAGUAAUGGGCAAUGGGUCACAAAUGGAGAAAAAAUUAGAUGAGGAAGAUCAUGGGUUCAAGAAGGCUGGUCACAACCGAGGAAGAGAAAAAGAAAGAGACUCGAUGGUGGCAAAACUCUUUUUUUAUUUUUUAUUUUUUCUUUUAUUCUACCCUUGGUGCUUUGUUUCUCCCUUUCUCUCUUGGAACAUGACUUUUGAGUCUUUUUUCUCUUUUGUGUUUCUGAUGAUCAUUUCCUUAUCUAUACUUGAUUCAAUCUUUGAAAAUCUAGUCUUCAGUGUCGAUCAUUGGAGAGGAAAAUUUGAGCUGGAUUUUGAGAUAAAUGGCAAUCCUCCAUGUGGUUUCAAAAUCAAUGUUCAUUGUCAAACCUCAAGGAGCAUUGAUGUUCCUUUAGUGCUUGUGGUUCGGCUUUGCACUUGGCGAGGAUGGGAAAAUUUCAAGAAAUCAAAUGAGAAUGAUUACAACAGAUCUUCUCCAUUAUCUCUUGAUUUUCAUCAUCACUUCUUCACACUUUUCUUGUGUUUGGCAUCAUCUCCCUUACUCUUUCUCAUGAGUCUCGUUGUCUGGUGUUGGCAUUGUUACCUCCACGCUGUUCUUUGGGUUUUUACUUUCUACUCUAUUGAUCUCUGGCAUCUUAUUUGCCUCGCCUCUCCGUAUGUUAUUCGGUGAGUUUAUAAUUUAUUCUUGCAGAUUUUUAGGUUUUCAAUUUAUAUAAUAAAUUGGAUAUGAACUAGGUUCCUUUAUUCUCUGCUUUAUCAAGUCACAUUGUUGUAUGCAAUUUGGUGUGUUUAUUGUCGAAUGUUCGAUUUUCUCUUUCAAUUUAUUCAUGCAAAUUUUUAGGUUUUCAAUUUGUGUAAUUAAUUGUAAUAGAACUAGGUUCUUUACCAUCUAUUAUAUCCGUUCGAUUUGGUGAGUUUAUCUAUCAAAUGUUCAAUUUUCUAUUUCAAUUUAUUCUUACAGAUUCAUAGGUUUUCAAUUUUUUUCUAGGUUCUUUAGAUCUUUGCUCUUCAAAGUCUUGACAUCUCCUUUGUUUCACAAUACUAAUUCAGUAAGUUUAAGAUAUCGUUACAUUUCUCUUUAUUGGAAGAUUUUUUGGUGUUUGAUUCUAUGUGUGGGGUCUACAGUAUGUUUUUUCCCUUUCCAUUUGUUCUUUCAGAUUCUUUUAGGAUUUGAGUAUUUGCUUAAUUGGAUUUGAAGUAGCAAUCAAAUUGUUGUUGUCUUUAAACAUGUUUACUAAACCCUAAUAGGUUAAACCCCUAUUUUGGUCCCUUAACUAUUGUAUGGACCCCCGAUUUGGUCCUUGAACUAAAGAAAUCCCUAAUUUGGUCCUUGAACUAUUGUACGGACCCCUAAGUUGGUCCCUAAACUAUUGUACAGACCCCUAAAUUGAUCCGUAAACUAUUAUAAGGAUCCCCAUUUUAGUUCUUACUGUUUACCAAUUUAGCCCCAACUUCAUUCUUCUGUUAAAUAAUGGCUUAGAGACCAAAUUGUGAUGAAAUUGUAAACAGUAAGGACCAAAUUGGGGGUCCGUACAAUAGUUCAAGGACCAACUUAGGCCAAAUUAUAAACAAUGGGGACCAAA